UCCACAAGCAUUCAAGGAAAGGUUUUGUUGAAGAGGAUUCAGUCUUCUUCAUUUCAUCUUCCUUCUCUCACUCAAACUUGUUUACAUUGCUGGCCAAGGCAACAUGGAGUACAACGAAUGCUCAUCCGUGCCCUCCUCAGAGAAUCACGCCGUCGAUAUUCAACUCUCGACCUUCCCUGCUUCUCAUGGAUCCGUGAGUUCUGAAUCUGAUCAUCAGAAAACCCUUCUAAACCACGAUUUGAAUGAGGAAGCUCGAUUCGAAGCCUUAACUGCGAACGGUCAAGAUAAUUCGAUGUCCAAAGCUGAGAUUUCAGAUAAAGCCCUAGAAUCAAAUCAGGAGGACGCAAAUCUUACAAAUGGUUCUGUACCCGCGAUUCAUAAGCCUCUUUUGUCCGAGAAUUUAACCAAUACUCACAGCGGCAUCGACAACUGCUCUGGCGGAGAAGAUGAAACCACCAGCAAACGCAGGAAGCGACGAAGUAGGUGGGAUCCGCCGCCAAGUGAAUCUAACGAUGGGGCUGGUAGCGAUGGCGUAUCUGGGACAGUUAAGAAGAGGAAAUCCCGAUGGUCGGAUGAUGAGCCUAAACCAGUUACUCAACUUCCAGAUUUCAUGAAAGAUUUUACAGGUAUUGAUCUUGAUCCAGAAAUUCAAGCUCUCAACAGUAGGUUACUUCAGAUUAGUCGCAAAUUGCAAUCUGGGUUGCCGUUAGAUGACCGUCCUGAAGGUGCUCGGUCGCCUUCGCCAGAGCCUGUUUAUGAUAACUUUGGAAUUAGAAUUAACACCAGAGAAUUCCGAGCUCGUGAGAAAUUGAAUAGAGAGAGACAAGAAAUCAUAUCACAGAUUAUCAAAAAGAAUCCUGCUUAUAAGCCUCCAGCUGAUUACAGACCCCCAAAGCUUCACAAGAAGCUGUACAUACCUAUGAAAGAAUUCCCAGGUUACAAUUUCAUUGGGCUAAUUAUUGGACCGAGGGGGAAUACACAGAAGAGAAUGGAAAGAGAAACUGGAGCUAAAAUUGUUAUCCGGGGUAAAGGGUCAACUAAAGAAGGUAGGUUGGGACAAAAGAGGGACUUGAAAUCUGACCCAUCUGAUAAUGAGGAUCUUCAUGUGAUGGUGGAAGCUGACACUCAGGAAGCUCUUGAUGCUGCUGCUGGCAUGGUGGAAAAGCUUCUACAGCCUGUUGACGAAGUUCUCAAUGAACAUAAGAGACAGCAAUUGAGAGAGCUUGCUACUUUGAAUGGGACCAUUAGAGACGAAGAAUUCUGUAGACUAUGUGGCGAACCAGGCCAUCGACAGUUUGCUUGCCCUACCCGUUUGACUACUUUCAAGAGUGAUGUCCUGUGUAAGAUAUGUGGUGAUGGCGGGCAUCCAACUAUAGAUUGUCCAGUGAAAGCAACAACAGGUAAAAAGAUGGACGAUGAAUACCAGAACUUCUUAGCUGAGUUGGGAGGGAAUGCUCCCGAAUCUUCCUUUAAGCAAAGUUCAGCUACUCUAGCACUUGGUCCAGGAACCACAACUACUUUUACAGGUACCUCACAAACUGACUCGAUCUCCAAUGGGAUCAACAAGCCCGUUAAGGAAUUUGAUGAUACAAACUUAUAUGUUGGAUACUUACCACCUACAUUUGACGACGAUUCGUUGAUCAAGUUAUUUUCACCUUUCGGAGAGAUUGUGAUGGCAAAGGUUAUCAAAGACCGAACAACUGGGUUGAGCAAGGGUUAUGGUUUUGUGAAGUAUUCUAAUAUCGAGCAGGCUAACCAUGCUAUUACUUCUAUGAGUGGCUACCGUUUAGAUGGAAGAGUUAUAGCUGUUAGAGUUGCUGGUAAAUUACCUCAGCCGGUUGUUCCCCCAGGCCCACCUACUCUUAAUCAGGCUCCUCAUGGUGGUUAUUCUGGUGCUCCAGUUCCAUGGGGACUAACUAGGCCACCUCCUUAUGCUCAUUAUCCAUCUCCUCAAGGGUUAACCAUGUAUUCUCAUCUUCCUGUACAACCUGUACCCUCAUUUGGAUUUCAGUAUCCUCCUCAAAUGGUGCAAUCUGGUGAAACACAACAGAUAUUUCCCCCUGGAGUCAAUUCUCAGACUAGCCCAGCUGUUCAGCCUGUUCUUACUAAUGUGUACCCAAACAAUGUAGCUUCGAUUCCAUCUUCAAUUCAAGCUCAGUACCAACCAUUUCCAAAUACGUACCCAUCUUAUUACAAUGUAGCUCCACCUCCACCACUACCUUCUGCUGACCUGUCACAUAGUGUGGGUAAUGUCCCCUGGGCCUCGACUCCUCCUGUGCCAUCAGCUGCAGCCUCUGAAAUGAAAGCUUAUAGUGCAGAUGCUGAGUAUGAAAAAUUCAUGUCGGAAACAACAUAGUGAGAGUUUAUUAAUUAUCUUUUGGAGAUAGAGAGAGGCAUGAUUUCUUGGAGCAAUUCAUACCGCAUUCAAUGACUCUUUGUUGGAAGUUUGGACUCACCUCUUCUAACCUUGCUGUAGUGUUGUUGCAUUUGCAGAGAUCUGGCUCAAAUAUUCAGUUAGCUCAGUACAAUGUUGGAGUAGGGUGUCUGAAGCCUCUUGAUUUUACUAAUUUUGUUUGGACUUGGUGUUUUAUUUUGGGACAAUUUUGCAGCCUGAUGUGGUCAUGUUCUAUAACCUUUAUAUUGGCUCCAUGAACUUCCUGAUAUGAUAUUGCUUCCAUUUGUGUUUUUUG